AUGGGGGUGGCAAUAAGUAAUAACACCCCCCCACACAUGCUAAAUAUAGCUUUCGUAUUUUCAGAGACCUUGGGAGUGUCUCCAGGCUCCACCACUGCCAGCCCUAAGGACUCAGCUACACCUUCUUCAACUUCUGGUAGCAGCAAAUCAGGCACCACUGGACCAUCAGUUGGCACAACAACCAGAGCCCAAAGCAAUGCAGUGACAUCACCUGAAGGGAAAUCAGGCUCUAUUGGAACUUCAGGCCCUAUCACCUCCUCAGCUGGAAGUGCAGGCACCACGGCAGGACUGAGCCCCAGCUUCACCAGCCCUGGGGACGCAUCAGGAACACGAAGCCCUAGUGCAACAACACCUGGGAGGGAAGAGGGUAGCUCAUCUGGGGAACCCAGCACUGGAGCUACAAGCACAGGAAGUUCAGCAACAAGAGGAGGAACUGACACAGCUACCACUGUCUCUUCUGCAGAAAACACAUCUGGAAGAACAGUAACAGGUGCAUUUGGGUCAUCAUCUGGAGCAACCCCUGAAUCUCGAGGUGGCAGCACCCCUGGAGGAGCAGGCCUUGGAUCCACAGUUUCAGGAACCACAGGAGUGUCUGCAGCUGCAUCCACCACUGCCAGCCCUGGGGACUCGGCUAGACCUUUCUCAACCUCUGCUAGCAGCACAUCAGGUGCUACUGGAAAAUCACUUCUCAUCACCUCCACAGCUGGAAGUGCAGGCACCACAGCCCAACUGAGCCCCAGCUUCACCAGUCCUGCGGACACAUCAGGAACAGGAAGCCAAAGUUUGGCAACAACCCCCAGUGGGAAGGAGGGCAGUACACCCAGGGAAUCCAGCACUGGAGCUACCAGCCAAGAGAACUCAGGUACAACAGGAGAGUCCUUGAGAUCAACCUCAGGAGCAGGUGAUGCAAGUACACCUGCAACUUCAGGCACUGGGGCCACCAGCACUGGAAGCCCAGCAGCAACAAGAGGAGCAACUGACAAAGCCACCACUGUCUCUGCUGGUGAAAACACACCUGGAAGGACAGGCACACCUGCGACAUCAUCAGGAGCUACCCCUGAAGCUAGAGAUGGCAGCACCCCUGAAGGAGCAGCCACUGGAACCACUGUUUCAGGGACCACAGGAGUAUCGGCAGGCUCCACCACUGCCAGCUCUGGAGACUCUGCUAGACCUUCCUCCACCUCUGCUAGCAGUAAAUCGGGAACAGGAGGCCCAAGUUCAACAACACCCAGUGUGGAGAAGGGCAGCACACCCAGGGAACCCAGCACUGGAGCUACCAGCGGAGAGAACUCAGGUACAACAGGAGAGUCCUUGAGAUCAACCUCAGGAGCAGGCAGUGCAAGUACACCUGCAACUUCAGGCACUGGGGCCACCAGCACUGGAAGCCCAGCAGCAACAAGAGGAGCAACUGACAAAGCCACCACUGUCUCUGCUGGUGACAACACAUCUGGAAGGACAGGCACACCUGCGACAUCAUCAGGAGCUACCCCUGAAGCUAGAGAUGGCAGCACCCCUGAAGGAGCAGCCACUGGAACCACUGUUUCAGGGAUCACAGGAGAGUCUGCAGGCUCCACUACUGCCAGCUCUGGAGGCUCUGCUAGACCUUCCUCCACCUCUGCCAGCAGUAAACCAGUAGGAACAGGAGGCCCAAGUGGAACAACCCCCAGUGUGGAGAAGGGCAGCACACCCAGGGAAACCAGCACUGGAGCUACCAGCCGAGAGAACUCGGGUACAACAGGAGAGUCCUUGAGAUCAACCUCAGGAGCAGGCAGUGCAAGUACACCUGCAACUUCAGGCACUGGGGCCACCAGCACUGGAAGCCCAGCAGCAACAGGAGGAGCAACUGACAAAGCCACCACUGUCUCUGCUGGUGAAAACACAUCUGGAAGGACAGGCACACCUGCGGCAUCAUCAGAAGCUACCCCUGAAGCUAGAGAUGGCAGCACCCCUGGAGAAGCAGCCACUGGAACCAGUGUUUCAGGGAUCACAGGAGAGUCUGCAGGCUCCACUACUGCCAGCUCUGGAGGCUCUGCUAGACCUUCCUCCACCUCUGCCAGCAGUAAACCAGUAGGAACAGGAGGCCCAAGUGGAACAACCCCCAGUGUGGAGAAGGGCAGCACACCCAGGGAAACCAGCACUGGAGCUACCAGCCGAGAGAACUCGGGUACAACAGGAGAGUCCUUGAGAUCAACCUCAGGAGCAGGCAGUGCAAGUACACCUGCAACUUCAGGCACUGGGGCCACCAGCACUGGAAGCCCAGCAGCAACAGGAGGAGCAACUGACAAAGCCACCACUGUCUCUGCUGGUGAAAACACAUCUGGAAGGACAGGUUCGCAUGCAACAUCAUCUGGAGCUACCCCUGAAGCUAGAGGAGACAGCACCCCUGGGGAAGCAGGCACUGGAGCCACAGGUUCAGGAACACGAAGCCCUAGUGCAACAACACCUGGGAGGGAAGAGGGUAGCUCAUCUGGGGAACCCAGCACUGGAGCUACAAGCACAGGAAGUUCAGGUACAACAGGAGAGUCCCUGGGUGUGACCUCAGGAGGAGUCAGCGGUACAACAAGUCAACCAUCAGGCACUGGGGUCACAGGCACUGGAAGCCCAGCAGCAACAAGAGGAGCAACUGAUGCAGCUACCACUGUCUCUUCUGGUGAAAAUACAUCUGGAAGAACAGUAACAGGCACACUUGGGUCAUCAUCUGGAGCAACCCCUGAAUCUCAAGGUGGCAGCACUCCUGGAGGAGCAAACCCUGGAGCCACAGUCUCAGGAGUGUCUGCAGCUGCAUCUACCACUGCCAGCCCUGGGGAUUCAGCUAGACCUUUCUCAACCUCUGCUAGCAGCACAUCAGGCAUUACUGGAUCAUCAGUUGUCACAACAACCAAAGCCCAAAGUAAUGCAGUGACAUCACCUGAAGGCAACUCAGGUGCUACUGGAACGUCAGUUCUCCUCACCUCCACAGCUAGAAGUGCAGGCACCACAGCCCGACUGAACCCCAACUUCACCAGUCCUGGGGACACAUCAGUGGGAACAGAAGGCCCAAGAACAACAACACCCAGUAGGGGGGAGGUCAGCACACCCAGGGAACCCAGCACUGGAGCUACAAGCACAGGAAGUUCAGGUACAACAGGAGAGGCCCUGGAAGUGACCUCAGGAGUAGUCAGGGACAGAACAUCUGGACCACCAGGCACUGGGGCCAUCAGUGCUGGAAGCCCAGCAGCAACAAGUAGAAGAACAGAAACAUCUGCCACCAUCUCUGCUGGUGAGAACACAUCUGCAGGAACAGGCACACCUGGAGCAUCAUCUGGAACAACCCCAGAAGCCCAAGGAGGUAGCACCCCUGAAGAAUCAAGCACUAGAGCCACAGGUUCAGGAACCACAGGGGUGUCUUCUGGUUCACCCACUACUGCCAGCCCUGAAGACUCAGCUACACCUUUCUCAACCUCUGCUAGUAGCAAAUCAGGUACAACAGGAGAAUCCUUGGGAGUGACCUCAGGAGCAGGCAGUGUGAGCACACCUGGACCAUCAGGCACUGCAGCCACCAGUGCUGGAAGUCCAGCAGCAACGACCACUGCCUCUGCUGUUGAGAACACUUCUGGAAGAACAGGCACCCCUGGAGCAUCAUCUGGAACAACCCCAAAAGCUCAAGGUGCCAGUACCCCUAAUCAAGCAGGCACUGGAGCCACAGGUUCAGGGACCACAGGAGUGUCUGCAGGCUCCACCACUGCCAGUCAUGAGGACUCAGCUAGACCUUUCUCAACCUCUGCUAGCAGCAAAUCAGGCACUACUGGACCAUCAGUUGGUACAACAACCAGAGCCCAAAGCAAUGAAGAGACAUCACCUGAAGUACACUCAGGUACUACUGGAACUUCAGUUCCCAUCACCUCCACAGCUGGAAGUACAAAAACCACACCCCAGCUGAGCACCAGCUUUACCAGUCCUGGGGAUACAUCAGUAGGAACAGAAGGCCCUAGUGCACCAACAACUAGUGGGAAGGAGAUUGGGACACCCAGCAAACCCAGCACUAGAGCUACAAGCACAGGAACUUCAGGUACAACAGGAGAGUUGCCGGGAACCACUUCAGGAGCAGUCAGAGACAACACAGCUGGGCAAUCCAGCACUGGGGCCACUGGCACUGGAAGCCCAACAGCAACAAGAGGAGGAGCUGAUGCAACCACCACUGUCUCUGCUGGUGAGAACACAUCUGGAACCACAGGCACACCUGGAGCAUCAUCUGGAACAACCCCUGAAGCUCAAGGUGGUAGCACACCUAGAGAGGCAGGGACUGCAACCACUGGUUCAGGUACAUUUGAACCAGGAUUUGACAAAACAACCAGAGCCUCAAACAAUGAAGUGACAUCACCUGAAGGGAACUCAGGCUCUACUGGAACUUCAGUUCCCAUCACCUCCACAGCUGGAAGUGCAGGCACCACAGGAGGACUGAGCCCCAGCAUUACCAGUCCUGGGGGUACAUCAGGAGGAACCACAAGCCCUAGUACAACAACACCUAUUGGGGAGGAGGCCAGCACAGCUAGCAAACCCAGCACUGGAGCUAUAAGCACAGGAACUUCAGGUACAACAGGAGAGUCACUGGGAACAACUUUAGGAGCAGGCAGGGGCAACACAACUGGACAAUCCAGCACUGGGACCACCAGCCCUGGAAGACCAACAGCAACAAGAGGAGGAGCUGAUGCAACCACCACUGUCUCUGCUGGUGAGAACACAUCUGGAACCACAGGCAUACCUGGAUCAUCAUCUGGAGCAACCCCUGAAGCUCACAGUGGUAGCACCCCUGGAGAGGCAGAGACUGGAGCCACUGGUUCAGGUACCACUGAACCACCAGUUGACACAACAACCAGAGCCUCAAACAAUGAAGUGACAUCACCUGAAGGGAACUCGGGCUCUACUGGAACUUCAAUUCCCAUCACCUCCACAGCUGGAAGUGCAGGCACCACAGGAGGACUGAGCCCCAGCAUUACCAGUCCUGGGGGUACAUCAGGAGGCACGAGAAGGCCAAUUACACCAACACCUAUUGGGGAGGAGGGCAGCACAGCCAGCAAACCCAGCACUGGAGCUACAAGCACAGGAACUUUAGGUACAACAGGAGAGUUGCUGAGAACAACCUCAGGAGCAGGCAGGGGCAACUCAACUGGACAAUCCAGCACUGGGGCCACCAGCACUGGAAGCCCAACAGCAACAAAAGGAGGAGCCGAUGCAACCACCACUGUCUCUGCUGGUGAGAACACAUCUGGAACCACAGGCACCCCUGGAGCAUCAUCUAGAGCAACCCCUGAAGCUCAAAGUGGCAGCACACCUGGAGAGGCAGGGACUGGAGCCACUAGUUCAGGUACCACUGAACCAUCACUUGACACAACAACCAGAGCCUCAAACAAUGAAUUGACAUCACCUGAACGGCAUUCAGGCACUACUGGAACUUCAAUUCCCAUCGCCUCCACAGCUGAAAGUGCAGGCACCACAGGAGGACUGAGCCCCAGCAUUACCAGUCUUGGUGGUACAUCAGGAGGCACGAGAAGCCCUAGUACAACACCACCUAUUGGGGAGGAGGGCACCACAGCCAGCAAACCCAGCAAUGGAGCUACAAGCCCAGGAACUUCAGGUACAACAGGAGAGUCUCUGGGAACAACCUCAGGAGCAGGCAGGGGCAACACAACUGGACAAUCGGGCACUGGGGCCACCAGCACUGGAAGCCCAACAGCAACAAAAGGAGGAGCUGAUGCAACAACCACUGUCUCUGCUGGUGAUAUCACAUCUGGAACCACAGGCACCCCUGGAGCAUCAUCUGGAGUAACCCCUGAAGCUCAAAGUGGCAGCACACCUGGAGAGGCAGAGACUGCAUCCACUGGUUCAGGUACUACUGGACCAUCAGUGGAUAAAACAACCAGAGCCCCCAGCAGUGAAGUGACAUCACCUGAAGGGCACUCAGGCUCUACUGGAACUUCAGUUCCCAUCACCUCCACAGCUGGAAGUGCAGGCACCACAGCCCAACGGAGCCCUAGCUUCACCAGUCCUGGGGACACAGCAGAGACAGCUGGAGUGUCACCAGGUGGGACUACCACUAACAAUGGGAAUACAAGUGAGGCAGUCUUCCGAGAUGUUGGAACAGGAGGCCCUACUGCACCAACACCUAGCAAAGAGGAGGGCAGCACAUCCAGAGAAUCCAGCACUGGAGCAACGAGCCCAGGAAGUUCAGGUACAAUAGGACUGUCCCUGGGAGCAACCUCAGAAGCAGUCAGAGGCAGCACACCUGGACCAACAGGCACAGGGGCCACCAGUGCUGGAAGCCCCACAGCAACGAGAGGAGGAACUGAUGCAGCCACAACUGUCUCUGCUGGUGAAAACACAUCUGGAAGGACAGGGACAACAAGAGUAUCUACAGGCUCCAUUACUUCUGGCCAUGGGACCUCAGUUGGACCAGUCACAACAACUGCUAGCAGCAAAUCAGUAACAACAGGAGGAAAAAAUAUAAUCUCCACUACUGCUGGUGAAAACGCUUCUGGAACAUCAGAGAUCAUUGGAACAUCAGCUGGAGUGACAGGAACCUCUGGACAAUCAUCAGGUGUGACUGAGACAACUCUACCAUCAGCUGGAGAGACAGGGACAACUCAACCAUCUGUUACAGAAUUAGAGACAGUAAGACCAUCGCCUAAAGUGACAGAGAGUUCUUCACAAUCAUCUGGAGUUACAGGAACAACAGUAUCAUCAGCUAGAGUGACUGGGACUUCUGGAUUAUCAUCAGAAGUGACAAGGAAAACUGAAUCAUCAGUCAGAGAAUCAGAAACAUCUGGGCCAUCCACUACAGGAUCAGAAACAACUAUACUAUCAACUGGAGUGACAGGAACAACUGCAGUUGAAGUGAGUUCUGGAAAAUCAUCUGGAGUAAGAGUGACAACUAGAUCAUCAGCUGGUGACUCAGGUACAACAAGACCAUUAGUUGAAGAAUCUGGUACAACUGGAUCAUCAGUUGGACAUACAAGAACAUCUGGACAGUCAUCUGGAGUGACAAGAACUGGAGUAACAGAGACAACUGCAUCAUCAUCAGGAGUAACAGAGACAACUGAAACAUCAGUUAAAGUGACACCAACAACUGGACAAUCACUUGGGGUGACUGGGACAAGAGGAUUGUCUGCUACAGGAUCCGGAACAAGUGGACCAUUAGAGACAACUGAACCAUCUACUAUAGGGUCAGAAACAACCAGACCUUCAUUUACAGGAUCUGAGACAACUGGACCCUCAUCUAGAGGAUCAGUCAGAAGUAGCCCAUCAGUCACAGCAUCUAGGCAAACAGUACAGUCUGUUGGAGUUACAGAGACAUCUGGUCCAUCAGGGACAAUUUCACCAUCUGCUGGAGUUACUGAAAGGAUCACACUGUCACCCGGAGUGACAGAGCUAACUGGUGCAUCAUCUGAAGGAACAGGGACAACUGCAUCAUCAGCUGGUACCACCUAUGAGGCAGGAAGAACUACAAGAGAACCAGAAAGCACAACUGAAGAGCCAUAUGGAUCCACCACUGGAGCAGAAAGCAGAACCACAGGAACCACACCUGGAAAAUCAGGUACAACUGGAGUGUUGGCUACAACUUCUACAGGUGUGAGGGGCAGAAGCACUCCUUUCACAUCAGGUUCCACAGGAAAUUUCCCUCACUCAACAAUUGCACUAGGAAGUACCACUAUUGAGCCAUCGAAUCAGACUACAGUAGAAGGUGUUACUGGCACAACUCUUGCCCCUGGAAGUUUGAACACAGGGGCCACAACUGGCAUAGGGACCACUAGAACAGAACUGCCAGGAGAUACCACCAUUGUGUUUCCUGAAGUCAAAAGCACUUCAGAAGUUUCCAACACAGAGGCCACAACCUCCACAGAAGGUAUUGGCACCACCAGAGUUGGAUUCAAAACAGCCACAACUGGGGUGGUUCCUGGCACAACUGUUGCCCCUGGCAGUUCCAGUACAGAAGCCACAACUUCUCUAGGAAGAACCGGAGCAACAAGGGGGGGGACAGCCAUAGCUACUACUAGUGUAGUCUCUGCAAAGACUCUGGAACCUGGGAAUCACAACACAGAGGCCACAAGUUCCACAGAAGGAAGUGAGACCAGCCAAUCUGAAGGGCCAAGAGCUACCUCAGUCACAUCAAGGAAACCUGGGACUGGAAGUGAAACAGAGGCAAUAACUUCAACAGAAAGCAGCAGUACUUCUGAAAAUGGAUCCAGAGCAGCCACCACUGAGGUAACCCCUGAUACAACUGUAGCCCCUAGCAGUUCCAACACAGAAGCUACAACUUCUGUAGGAGAAGGUGAAACACCAAGAGAGGAACUAAUCACAGUCACUACAGAGGGAAUCUCUGGCAAAACUCUGGAACCUGGAAGUGCCAACACAGAGGCCACAACUUUUGCAGGAGACCACAGGACCACUCGAGCAGAUCUGUUUGAGUCUACAACAUCUACGGAAGAGACUGGAACUGGUUUCAAAACCGAGAUCACAACUUUCUCUGGAAGAAGUGACAUCACUGGAGCAGAAAUAAAGUCAGGAGCCACCACCAAAGCACCAGGAAGUAAGACAGGCACUGCUCUAGUAACCUCUGCUACAACAGUUGCUCAUGAGAGCUCCAACUCGGGUACCAGUGGUGUAGUCUCUGACACAACUGUUGCACCUGAGACUUCCAUUACAGAAACCACCUCUGGAGCAUCAGACAAACAAGUCACUGGAAGUCAAAGAGGCACUACUGGUGUGACCUUAAGCACAUCUGUUGCACCUGGAAGUUCUAGUACAGGUGUCACCACAGUAUCACCUAAAGGAAAUACAGGCUCAAAGAGUACUAUUUCAGGAGCUACCAAAGAAACAGUAAACCAAGGAACUGGAAGCACACUAGAACCCACGAAGACAGCUUCUGGCACCACACUGGCACCUGGGAGUUCAAAUACAGUUACAACAUCCUCAGGAGUCAGUCAAACCACAGGAAUUGGAAAGAAUACAGGUACUACUGGAGCGGUCUCUGGCAGCAACACCUCACCUGGAAAUUCCAACACAGGAGCUACCACUGGCAUCUCUAAGACCCCAAGCUCUGCAAGUGAAACAGGUACCACUGAAGUGGUCUCUGGCACAACAAUUCCAUCUGAAAGUUCCAACACAGAGGCCACAACUUUAGGACAUGACAAAACCACAGAAGCUAAAGUUAGCAUAGUUACCACCACCGGGAUAACUACUGGUACAACCGUUGCUCCCAGGAGUUCCAACACACGGGCUACCACUUCUACAGAAGUCAUCCCUACCACUGGAGUAAAAUUGGAAACUGGUACAACUUCAGGUUCAACUACAGUUUCUAGGCGCCCAGAAAAUUCCAGUCCUGGAGUUUCUACAGAAGAACCAGGGAAGCAAGUCACAGGAAGUAACACAGGUACCCCCAAGGAAUCAUCUGAAACAACUACUGCUGGAAUUACUACCACAGCAGCCACUGCUUCCACGGGAGUCGAGGAAACUUCAAGCACUGCAGUGCAAACAGGUUCCACUUCAGUUACAGCUGGAGUCACAACAGGCCCACAAGUAUCUCAGCCAGAAACCACUGUAGUAGCAACAGAGAAUCAAGAAGUUGAAAAUAAAACAGGAUGCCCAGGAACACUUCCACCAGCUCCAGUGUGUCAUGGUCCACUGGGAGAAGAGAAAUCUCCUGGAGACACAUGGACUUCUAAUUGCCACAAAUGUACCUGUACUGAUGCAAAGACUGUAGACUGUAAACCUCAGGAGUGCCCUUCUCCACCUGUAUGCAGAACUGGAGAGAAGCUUGUAACGUUUAAUGAUACCUGCUGUGAAAUUGGACACUGUGAACCCCAAACGUGUUUAUUUAACAAUACGGAUUAUGAGAUCGGUACCUCAUUUGAUGACCCCAGCAACCCCUGUGUCUCCUACUCCUGCAACAGUACUGGCUUUGUUGCGGUGGUCCAAGACUGCCCCAAGCAGAGCUGGUGUGCAGAAGAAGACAGAAUCUAUGACUCAAGAAAAUGUUGCUAUACAUGUAAGAAUAAUUGCAGAACUUCUCCUGUGAACGUGACUGUUAAGUACAAUGGUUGCAAGAAAAGAAUCCAGAUGGCAAAAUGUAUGGGUGAAUGCAAAAGGACUCUCAAGUACAAUUAUGAUCUCUUUCAGUUGGAAAAUUCAUGCCUCUGCUGCCGAGAAGACAACUAUGAGUUCAGAGACAUUGCUCUCGACUGUCCUGAUGGCAGCACACUAUCUUACAGAUACAGGCACACCACAACCUGCUCUUGUUUAGAUUUGUGUGAACAGGAUAAGACUGCUCAGCUCACUCAAUGACCAGAUAAUUAUGACAAGUUGUAAGGGGCUAUUUAUUUUCUAAGAACUCUCUUGUAUCUUACUCAAAGUAAAUACAAUGAGGAAUUAUCUUUUUCUUAUUGACUGGGUCUGAAGAAUAAAUAUAAGUUUGCAAGCAA